CGUGCCGGCACGGGGCGGGGCCCGCGCGGGGACGCCUGCGCGCCGCGGGCUGACCAAGCCGAGCUUGGCCCGCGGAGCCGGCGCCGAAUCCCGCGGCCGCAGCUGCAGCCGCGCCUUCUCUCUGCUCCGCCACCAGCCGGGGCUCGGGCCGGUGCCCGGGCCCCCGGGACAUGGCCCUCCGGAGUGCGCAGGGUGACGGCCCCACGUCCCCUCGCUGGGACGGCGGCGCGGAGAAGGCAGACUUUAAUGCCAAAAAGAAAAAGAAAGUGGCAGAGAUCUACCAGGCUCUGAACAGUGACCCCACUGAUGUGGCUGCCCUUAGACGCAUGGCUAUCAGUGAAGGAGGGCUGCUGACUGAUGAGAUCAGACGGAAAGUGUGGCCCAAGCUCCUCAAUGUCAACACCAGUGAUCCACCUCCUACAUCAGGGAAGAACCUGCGACAGCUGAGCAAGGACUACCAGCAAGUGCUGCUGGAUGUUCGGCGGUCUCUACGGCGGUUCCCUCCUGGCAUGCCAGAAGAGCAGAGAGAAGGGCUGCAGGAAGAGCUGAUCGACAUCAUCCUCCUCAUCCUGGAGCGCAACCCUCAGCUGCACUACUACCAGGGCUACCACGACAUCGUGGUCACGUUUCUGCUGGUGGUAGGCGAGAGGCUGGCCACAUCCCUGGUGGAAAAAUUGUCUACCCACCACCUCAGGGAUUUCAUGGACCCAACAAUGGACAACACCAAGCAUAUAUUAAACUAUCUGAUGCCCAUCAUUGACCAGGUGAAUCCAGAACUCCAUGACUUCAUGCAGAGUGCUGAGGUGGGGACCAUCUUUGCGCUCAGCUGGCUCAUCACCUGGUUUGGGCACGUCCUGUCAGACUUCAGGCACGUCGUGCGGUUAUACGACUUCUUCCUGGCCUGCCACCCGCUGAUGCCCAUUUACUUUGCAGCUGUGAUCGUGUUGUAUCGAGAGCAGGAAGUCCUGGACUGUGACUGUGACAUGGCCUCGGUCCACCACCUGUUGUCCCAGAUCCCUCAGGACCUGCCCUAUGAGACGCUGAUCAGUAGAGCAGGAGACCUCUUUGUGCAGUUUCCCCCGUCCGAACUUGCUCGGGAGGCAGCUGCCCAGCAGCAGGCCGAGAGAACGGCAGCCUCUACCUUCAAAGACUUUGAGCUGGCAUCAGCCCAGCAGAGGCCUGACAUGGUGCUGAGGCAGCGGUUUCGGGGACUUCUGCGGCCUGAGGAUCGAACAAAAGAUGUCCUGACCAAACCAAGGACCAACCGCUUUGUGAAGCUGGCGGUGAUGGGGCUGACAGUGGCACUUGGAGCGGCCGCUCUGGCUGUGGUGAAGAGUGCCCUGGAAUGGGCCCCGAAGUUUCAACUGCAGCUGUUUCCCUAAAUGCCAGAGAAGAUACUUCCUCUAACAUGACAUCAAGGUCUCACCCUUCCAUGGACCGACUGGGAGGGGGUAGAAUUUCCUUUAUUAAAAGGGUUUCUGUCGAGGGUUUUCUAUUCCUGCCACCCUUCCCCCCCACCCCAUCCAUGGUUGCCUUUGCUUCAGAGGCCAAUUGCAGAGCCUGUGUGACGCGGGCACCUGGGGGCCUGAGCACAGAACUCUUUCUCCCUCACAGUGGGCUUCUGAGCGGGCGCUCCACGGCCUCCUCUUGUAUUGGAGGGAAUGGGUUUCUGCAGCUCACAGCUGCCUUUGGAACCCACUGGGCCUGGUCACCGGGGGGCAUCUUAGCUGGACCACCGAAUGCCCUUCUGGCGGCUCCUUCUAUCCGUCCUGUCUGCUUCAGCUGGACAAAGAAGUCAGACCUUGGAGUGAAGGCGAGGGGGCAGAGGAGACUAGCCCGGGAGCAAGAUUGGCCCCUUCUGAGAAUAGCUCCACUAGCUGGUCAGAAAUCUAAGCGACAUAUGUGAACUAGGUUACUCGGUAAAUCUUAUUUUCAGCCUAGAACUCACUUGGGUGUUUCCAGUCAGACAAAAAGGAAUGUUAAGUUUUAGGGCCCAGACAUCAGCUGGCUUUGCCUUUUUUUUUUUCUUUCUAUUCUCUUCCACAAGCCACACAAUGAUGCUUAUAAAAGACACUUUUACUACUAUUUUUAGAACUACAUACAUCCAACAUGUAAAGUGCUACUAUUUUUAGAAUUACAUACAGCCAACAUGUAAAGUACCCUCACUUUUAAAUAAUUCCUUCUGGAAAAAAAAAAAGAAAGAAAGGUCUCAUCAGAAAGAUGAGCUUCUGAAAUGCUGAGUUUCUUUUCUGCUCAGUUGUGUAACAUCUCACUUUAGCCAGAGUCACUGUUUAUGAAUAGCCCCCUACUUCCUUGUCCAGCUUUCCUUCCUUCCUUCCUAUUUCCUCCAGUUCUUCUCUCAAGUAGGCACCUACUUACUACUUUGGCUUGUUGCGGGGGUUUGACUCACCUCCUCAACUGCUGGUCUCUCCUUCCUGGUUGGAAAUGUCAUUGGGAACUUGCCAGUGCCCAGAAAGGGACAAACUGUAGCCUGGAGAGUGUGGUGGGAGCCAGGGACAGCCAGCUUCCUCCCACAGGCUUCCUGAGGACUCUCUAGGCCUUAGGGAACAAGACGGAUCAUUCACUUCUUCAGUACAGCUUUUCCUGUAAGCCAAGCCAGGUUUGUUUUAGAUUAACUGUGGCUUUAAGAAAAAAAAAGUGCCUUUUGCUGCUUUGAAGAAUUGAGGUGUACAGCAUGAAGCAGCCGUGUACUUUCGUUUUCCGGUCUGUUGCGGGCACUGUUCUCUCUUGGCAGGUGUUUUCUUAAACGUGCCAGAAGCACACUACCCACCACAGUCAGACCUCUGCUUACCCCCCGUACACCCAUAGUGUGCAGAGUGGAGGGCCUUUGGUUUGGCAAGAGCCGCUAGCCCAGAGUGCUUAGGAGAGGCGUCUCUCUACCCUUGAGUUACACUAAGCACUUUACAGCCAAAAAAAAAAAAAAGCUCAAAGUGAUGGAUCAUUCUCCAUAGCAGGAGUCCCAACUGGGCUGAGUGUGAUGCCGAUGAUUAAUCUAGAAAAUGGUAGAUCCAUCAAGACAAAGGAAAUUCUGCUAGGAUCCAGAUGAUGUGACAGGUUCUCCCACAGUAAGUUUGUCCUCACGUCCUCUUUCCAGAUGGACGGCAUCAGCCCCCCUGCCGAAGACCCUUGGGCCUGUCUGUAGAUAAGGAAUUGAUGGGGAAGAGGAAAGGGGGUGCAUGUGAUCAGGAGCCCAAGGCCACAGCUUUUUGUUUUUUGUUUUUCAUUUUAUGGCCACACCCGUGGCAUAUGGAAAUUUCUAAGCCAGGGAUUGAAUCCGAGCCUCAGCUGCAGCAACCCUGGAUACUUGCCAGGCUGAGGGUAGAACCCCAGACCUCUGCAGCAACCCAUUUAACCCACUGCGCCACAGCAGGAACUCUGCCAGGGCUUUUUGGAUCCCAGGAAGCAGGUGGCAUUUGCUACCGUUGUGGCCUAGGAAGGAGAAAGUUCACUUGUUUCAUAGCUUUGCUAACCACAGGAUUCUCCCCUGCCAUUGAGAAGAAAGCAUUAUCUUUUUACCUUCAGGUGGUUUACUAUUCUGUAAAGAAUCUGUGUAAAUAUUUUGUACAGAGCCCUGUAUGAAAUAAAUAGCCAUGUAUGGUUACUGA